CCGAGGUGGUCGUCGUCUCUAUGCAAUCCUGCGCCGCCAAGGUGUGCGGACUGCGCUGUGAGGUGGGCUGGGUGCCGUCCAGGGUCGGCCAUGCUAUGUAGCUGUGUAGGCGCUCUCCACCCUAGGGGAACGGCUUACGUUGGAGCGCCGCGGAUACUUCAACGGCGCUGUGGAAGGUGGGGCCGGCGACGUGGGUGUCCGCUCGCCAUAUGCCGAGGUCGACAUGUCCACGCCAGAAGUGCGUCCUCGCGCGCGUACUCGGGCUCGACUGGGGAUGGAUGUCGUCGCACUGCUAAGCUUCGACCCGAUCAGUCCGGACGUCACUUUCAGGAUGGUGGGCACUUCCUCGUCACCUUAGACCAAGCCAGCGUUGUAGUCCGCCUUCAAUGUAUGUCGCCAGAGUCGUUGUGCAACCUCCGGUCGCAGACCGAGCGGCUCGCCCCCGCGGCAAGUGCCCGGAGCACAGAUCCCGACUCCAGCCCUCGAUCUCUGAUGGCCGCAAUCACACCAACGAAGGGGGGGUUAGGUUUGAAUACCACUUGAACUGCGGGGAAGGGAACCGCAUGGUGCGCCUCUCGAGCGCUGUGGACCCCAACCAGGGCGAAAUCCCGGACGAAACCUCCCAAAGCAUAUCAGCUCUCAAAACAAGAGGAAUAUUAUUUUUAAAGUAUUAAGAUAGG